CUGUAGGCCAAGCACGAAUAUCUAACGUAUUCGUAUCGACAAUGUAUCGAGGCCUCGAUUCGAAAACGGAGUCUGUCGAUAGUAGGCAGCACGAACCACAUUCGAAGCACUAUCGAACACUCGAUUCGAAUUUGAAUGUGACGUCAUGCAAAUGUAAAUAGGGACGCGCCAUAGUGAGCAAAAUGAACGAAUGUUGAAUGAAUCGUGCGUUCGAAAACUAACUCUAGUUAUUAAUAUUUUUUUCACCUUUGAUUAAACGUUUUAUUAUUAUUAAAUUAUAAUAAAAACUGAAUGUUAUAUAAAGAAGAGACCCAAAGUUAAUUAUUAGACAUUAUAAAAUGGCAUUAUCUUUAGCAAUAUAACAUAGUUACGGAGAUUUUUUUUUUUUUUUUAAAUGACGUGUACCGAACGCACCCACUUGACAUCCGACGCGCGUAAUGGCGCCAAAUUUGUUUAUGUUUUGCUAGACAAGAAAAGUAUUUCUGUUUUUUUUUGCUACAAAGUGCUUUUAAUAUAAUAAAUAAUUAUGCGAACCAGUCAGACGCAGUAUGAAAUGAUGGUGGAAUUCAUGGAAGCGUGAGUAAACAGUUUUAAUAAGUUUGAGUGGCAUAAACUUUAGUGUGAAGUAUUUUAAGUGCAAUGCUAUUUCUAUUCCAGAAACGGAGAUUUGUCAAAACCUUCAGGCGGCCCACGAGGUCGCAAUUUCAUAAAUAUGAAAUGGAAGGAGUUGUCAAAUCAAUUAAAUAGUGAAGGCACAGGCGAAUCAAGGUCUGAGGAGAAAUGGCGCAAGGUAUGUUAACUCAAGUGACGCUAUUUUUUUUUGUUGUUGGGGCACUUGAAUAAAGUCACUCUUAAGUGUCUGCUUUAAUUAGUUAGGUAUCCAAUAUCUUUGUGUGAAGUAAGUUUGUUUGGAAUUCCUGCUUAAAUUAUUGUUUUUUAAUUCAAGGUGUGGAGCGAUUACAAAAAUAAUUGCAAGAAGAAGUGUGCCAAAAUUAAUAGGGCUGCUAGUGGCACUGGUGGAGGCCAGCACUUCAAUUAUCCUUGACUGAUUUAGAAAACCGAGUCAUGCAGAUAAUUGGAGUGCAGGCAGCUACUGGCUUGGUGGUGGAAGAAGCAGGGUUUCAACGGGAAGCUGCUGAAAUUUCUCAACCAUCAGAGAUGAGAGUUCCUGAUGCACAUGUGGAUGACUAUGAAAUAGAUUGGAAUAUUCCGGGCACAAGUAGUCAGCCAACAGUGGCUCCCCCUAGACCGCCGAGUCCACGAGAUGAAACCCCUGUUCUCCCAUCCACUGAUCCUCAAAUACAUGAAGAGGAGAUGUGGAAACCACCACCACAAAAAAAAGCCAAACAACAUAUAGGAAAAAUGUUUUUAGAAGCAGAUAGAAAGGCAAAGGAGUAUGCUAGAGAGCGUGAUAGGGCCUAUGAAGAAUUAGAGAAAGAGCGGUUGCGGAUUAGGACAGAAGAAUUGAGAGUUAGAGAAUUAGAGGUGAAAGAAAGGGUGAGACAAAGAGAUGAUGAAUUGAGAGUGAGAGAAUUAGAGAUGCAUGAAAGGGUGAGACAAAGAGAUGAUGAAUUGCGAUUACAGGCUAAAUGGUUGGACUUUAUGAAAGAGGCUAUGGAAGUUUUUGUAAGGUGUAUGGAAAAAAAAACUUAGAUUAAGGUUAUUUUUUAAUUGUUAUAAAAAUGCAAUUUUUAAAAUUAUUAAUAAAGAAUUAAAGUUA